AUGCAGCGUUUACUUGCGGCGCUACGCGCCUCGAAGCCCGCACAUCUACCUAGGCUCGGUCUCAGGCUUGUUAAUGGACUUGCCGAACCGAGACCUCCAGCACAGUUUUGGCAGCAUUAUGUGCGAACUGUCUUAGAUCCCGGCACCUUCGAUAGGCUGAGCCCACAUUCAAAGUGCCUUCUCACUUGUGUUGCCUGCAAACUGACUCAUGAUGAGGCAAUGAACGCGUCAGCUCAUUCCAUGGUAGAGCGAGUAUUUCGAGAUGUGACUACACCAAAGGCACUCCCCCUCCUAAAUAUAGAGCUCCUAACUAUGAUUAUGGUCGCCAGUCAUACUCUAAGGAUACCUCUUGGUCGUCAGGAGUUACAGCGAAUACUUCAAAGGUCACAAGAGUUAAUGGAACGUGAAAGUUACUUCAAUGUGGAACUAUCAGUCAGCUUCAUACAUUCCCUUGGAGCAGUGGUGCGUGUCCAUCCUAUGUUGCGUGAACAAAUUGCGUCAUCGGAAUUGGUUCGCAACGUGGUCACUAAAUUACCGGACCUUAUACCCAGGGUAAACCUGAGGGAGUUAUCGUUGGUGCUCUACGCCUUUGACAAGCUGCGUAUAAUAAAGGACAAGGUAGCCACAACUGUAAUGUCACGUCUAAAUGCUGACCGCGACAAUAUACGUGGGCAGACGCUCUCGACGAUCUUGUAUGCUUGCGCGGUGCAUCCCUCGUUACAACCGGCACUCCGUUUGCUAACGCAGAACGUCACCGAUGAGGCUGACACUCUAACCGGUCGUAUGGUCUGCAACAUAUGUUGCGCAUACCUUAAGGCAGGGCUUUGGAAGCAGAAAUUGGCCGAACUGCUGGAAAAUGCGCUGCCAAAGAUGAACGCACAAGAGCUAUGCAACGUAGCCAAUCUCAUGAUGCACAAGUCCGUGGACGUCACCGAAUCAUUCAAAAGUGCAUAUGUUACACACUUCAACAAUUCAGUUGUGAAACUCAGACUAUCGCUUUUGGAUGCGUUGACGUUAACGCAAUCUAUUUCACACUGGGGACUUACUGACCGUGUAGACCGUCCGGUGUUGGACGAGGUGUUGACGAAAACUAUCGAGGCAGAUAUCACAGAAGCUGGGGCUAAACAUGUGUACUUGUUGCAUUAUUGCGUGAUAAUCGGCUGCGCGAGUGCUGCCAGCGCCGUUGCAUCUAGGAUAGACCAGAAUCUGGACUACGAACCCCUUAGUAACAAGGAAAUCGUAGUGCUAUUCAACGCUCUGCAUAACUUAGGGAGUAAGUUGGCCGCUAUAAGUAAAGUAGAGGGAGCGCUAAAAGGCCGAUUAGCACAGCGAAAGCGCUUUAGCCAAGUCGACCUGCAAACUAUGGCUCACUGGGGGAAUUAUGAGAUUUGCAACCUUAUAGUUGAGCAUCAUUUAGAAGAGUUAGGGCAACCAUCUCGUACAAGUUUUCGUCUUUUAGGUGCACUCCUUAAGGUGACUAAAAGCGAGAAGGCAAAAACCGUCGCCCGCCAAGCCAUUGAACUUGUUUUACCUCCAAGGGACACUGAUAGUCCUUUCAAUGAGCACGGUCGAAAUGUGGAUAUUAUAGUCGCAGCUUGCGAAUUGUUACCUCACUUACAGGUGGAACUGAGCGUGUUAGUGCUCUUUGACAAGACGUUGAGCUACCUAACAGCUGAUGGCGGGACCAAGUGGGAUAUCGAUAUGCGAUCUCUAAUCACCUUACUUUCUGUAGCUCGAAAGCUCAAUACGAGAUCCGAUGCCGUGUCAUCCAUAGCUUACGCUGUGACACGGCGUGUGGACGGCACAAUCGAUCCGUCUGGAUUUUUGGAAUAUCUAAACGCAGUUUAUCAUCUUGAUCUACCAAUGACUCCUGAAAAUAGGAUACUGGACAUUGCAGGUAAAGUCAUGACAGCGGCACGUGAUGACCGCAUUAAGGAGUCUAUAGUGCUCGCGCUCUUAUCCAUGGCUUUUGGGGCGGUAUUUGAACCGGCAUCAGUCCACUCGUUGGUAACACAACACUUGGCAACACUUCGUGAAGUGUCUACCAUGGGGUUGAAAAGCAUAUAUAUCACCCUUGCUACCGGAGGUACGUUGUCUGGUGCUAUGUACCCAGCUGUUUUGCGGGCCGUCAGUAAACUAGCAUCAGAACGUAAUUUCCCUUGCCCCUCCAUUGGAAGUAACCUACUGUCUAAAAACUUGGACGGAAAGUUCUAUGGUCGCUCACAAACACCUGCGACAGACGUUGCCGACCCAAAAUUACAUUCUAGCGUGUAUGCUACUUUACGCAAGAUGCAAAAGGAUCGUGAAGGGUUCAAGACUCUACUCGCCGAAGUGCCUGUGGCCUUCGACUACGUGGCGGAUAUAUUGCUGAUACCGUCGUCAACAAAAGUUUCACAUGUUGGCAAAUGA